UUAUUUACUUUAUCACGUGGAGCUCAGUAAGUUGGCAGUCGAAUAUAAAUCAAUAACGCAUUACGCAAUAAUUUUAUUUCGUGACUUCAUGCACUAUCACAAUUUACAAAAUUUCAAAUUUUUUUAACGUUUUAUCAUUAUAAAAUCUUGUUAUGGUGAAGAAUAAUUAGAAUACCGGAUCUGUUUAAUUGUAAUUAACGUUGUCGAAAUGUUAACAAGAGCGUCAAGAGCAAAGAUUAAGAAGACCGACUUCAGUAAAUUUAUAGAUGAUUUAGAUUACGUUAUCCAGGAUACAGAAAUCGUAGCGCCAUCUAAAAAAAUUGAAAAAAAAAGCGACAAGAGUAUCAAAAAUAAAAACGAUGGCGACUUUAUUGGAAUAACAAAAUCAGUUAGCAGCCAGGAUAAUUUGUUACAUCAAUUGCAACAUACCGAUAAAUCACCAGUUUCGAAACGUAAGUUUUUAUCGAGAAUCACAGAAAUGGAAAAAAAAUUACCUAUUUUGUCAACUGACGAUGAAAUUGAACUUACACCAAAAAAAAAAAAAUUGAUUCAGUUGACAUCGCCUCGGGUUUUAAGGUCUCAUAAUAAAGUGGAAGUCAAUAAUAAUAAUAGUUCCAUUAGUUGUAAGAAAAAACUCAAAUUAGAUCUUUCUAAUAACGUGAUUGAUAAUUUGGAAGAUAAUAGAAAUAGCUCUAGUUUUAAUUACAAUAAGAGUAGCGAUAAGAUAUUUGAAGAAUUUCAAGAAUUAGAAAAAGAACAAAUGGAACUAUGCAGACUUCCGCCUCGCAGGAAAAGCGUUAAUCUUAAUGACGAUAUUUCAAAAAAAUGCAAAUAUUUUAUUAAGAAAUUUGAAAAAUGCCAAUCAACGGCUACAGUAGAUACUGAUUAUAUUCCGCACGAAAAUAAUAUCGAUAAUUAUAUCGAACACAUGAAAAAAAAAUGUAAACCAGUAUUAUAUAAACCAAAACGGACGAGCUUUUAUAAAAAAUUAGUUAAAACACCAGAACAUUUUGAAGUUUUUAAUCUUAAAGAAGGAUAUAUCAACAUUACUGCUGAUGAGGGUAUGGUGAAUUUAUAUGACGCUUUAAAAUCAUUCGAGAAAAAACACCAAUACACCAUCAAAUUUGUAAAAUCCAAUUUGGGCGAUGCACUUAAACGUUACACCGCUAAUCGUGAUGUAUGUUGGGAUGUGGUUCAUUUAGAAUCAAAUACCGAAGAAGAUUUGUUGAAAUAUAGAUUAUGUUAUGGUGCUAUUCCGGAUAAAUAUAUUUUGGAAUUGGAAAUUAUCGUUUGCCGUCUUUUACUGAGUAAAUUACAUGACGAGAACAAAACAUCAAUCGACAAUGUAAAACAAUUAGUAAACAGGGAUUACGAUUUACUAGAAGGUGAAUUAGAAUUACUGGUUUUCAAUUAUUGGCAAAAAUCUACGCGUGAUAUGUUCGAGUAUAAAGAAGAUGUAAAUCGUAAAAAGACAAAGAUGGUAUUUUAUUAUAUGUAUAAACAAUUAGAAACCAAUAUUUUACUCAACGAUUUUGGUAAAAAUGAAAAUCGAAAGCUCGAGUUUAUAAAUAUAUUGAAAUUGUAUAAAUCAUAUGCUGCUUUUGAAAACCAAAAAAUAUUGACUGCGGCGAGUUUGGCUUAUGUAAAAAAUUCGGCAAGUAAAUUAGUUCCGUUUUUAGGUGAACAAUACGAAUUGUGGUCAGUUUUUUUUAUGAAAUUAAAAAUGCACAGCACGGCAUUUGAGUUCACUAUAAAAGCUUUGUUAGAAGAUCGAGACAAUACAUUUCAAUAUCUUUUUACGCGGGUAUCGGAAAUCGAUCAAUUUAAUAUCUCUGAAUUUGGAAAGAGCUUAUGGUAUUAUGGUUUAGAGCAGAAGGUGAACCCUCUUGUUAAAGUUGAAGAUACCGUUAUUACCAAAACCGAUGUUGUGAAUUGUUUAGACUACUAUUUCUCAAAACCAAAACAUGUGCCUCGAGCCCUGUGUGUAAAACUUGAUAAUUACUACUUUCUGUACAUACAUCUUUUUAUAACAUUUAUUAUAAAUAAUAACCUAUACAAAUAUCAAAAAAAAUUGACAGUUGAUAAUUGCAAACAAUUUUUCAUAUUAAACUACCGAAGGUAUCACAAUUUUUAUUGGGAAAAUUUCAUUCCUACUUUUGAAACUAAACGCAUGGUAAACGCAAUGAAAACUCUGCUCAACAAUCAGCUGAAUGCCCGUCUCGAUGGCGAUAUCCCGUGGAAAAUGACGAUGGAUUCAGAAUUAGUAUAUAUGUUUUUCGAAAUGGUCCAUUUACAUUUAAACUAUACACUGGUGCCUGCGAUUCUGCGUGAAGGUCCUGCUCUCACGGACAUGGAGUGGGCAAGUAUUUUUAUAUCGGAUAUUGAUAAAAUGGAAAUGUUUUAUCUUAACAAGUUGCCAUGGGACGAAAAACCAUGGAUGUUGGGCGGUGCGUCUGAUGAUUUAGAUUAUGAUCCGGAAACUGAAGAUUUUGCUGAUGGUCCAUUAAAACAAUUGUGUAGUGAUAAGUUUUUGUCUGGUGAUGUAACCGACGACGAAGCAUGUGAAGAUGCACUUACCUUAAUAAUUAAUGAGAUUGUAAUGGAAAAAAAAAUUAAACGUUUGUUAGCCAAUAGUUAA